AGUUAAUAUUUGUUGAAUGUAAUUAAAUAACGCUCCUCUUCAGGGACUAGGGGCAUUGAUGUGGUUUUCGUUUGAACACCUGUAGGCUCAGGAGGAAGCCUUUCUAUCCACUUGGAAUCAUUCAGCCUUGAAGCCAACCUGGCCUCCAGCUCUGCCUCCCCAGGCCCAGCAUCUCCUGCUCCGCCUGACUGUCUCUGUCUGAUUCUUGGGCACUUCCUUCAGGAUCCCAGAUGCCCCCUGGUUCUCAUACACAGACCAUGACACCCUUAACCCCAGAGACAACUUCUUAUAAAUAGGUCUUCCCAGACAUGGACACUCUCCAUAGCUAUUAAAUCAUGACUAUGUUCCAUACAAAGUUGUUAGUUUGGCUUCCUGCCUUGAAUGCCCACCUGGCCCCACUUUUCCCACAUAAGGCAUUUCUUCUUUGUCACAGAGGCCUAACGGUCUCAACCUCAGGUUGAAGCUGGUCACAGACAGGGGUGACCAGUGUCAGAUGGAGAGUCACGGCCCCAGCAAGGCCCCUGCAGUUUCCCAUCAGCCACCCCUCACAGCCUCCACUCAACGCUUCCUCAGGCAACCCACUCUUCCUGACCUUGCCUCCUCCCCUCUGCUGGCCUCUGGGUGUGGCCAAGCACCUGUUCCAUCUUUGUGUUGAUUCUUCUGCCCUAGCCAGUGAGGGCCCAGAGGAAUUCUGAGGUCUGAGCCUGCAACCACGGGCAAGCUACUGCCCUCCCCCCAAGGCACAAGCAGAAGAGCAGUCUGUGGCAAGGUGGUCAUCCUUGCACUCCCAUCUCCCACCCAAGCCCAGGUCUGGGGUAGGAGUAGGUGCAACUCCCAGGACCCUCCCCUGCCCCAGGUCCCACUUUCCACAAACCUGCCCCCUGCUGGCCAGCCAACUUUCUCCAAGGCUGAGGGCUCUGUGUGGCUUAAUAACUGCCUGGUAAUUAGCUCCACGAUUUUGCUACUAUGCUUAUAAUAGCCUCCAUUAAAGUUAUGGGGUUUUCAAGCCGUAAUGGCUUCCAGAGUAAUUAAUGCACAACUGGGUUUAUUGCUAAGUUUAUUUUUAGAGCUUUUCUCCCUCAUUCCCUCCUCCCUUUCCUUUCAUAAAUGUUUUGACCAAAAAGACUAGAUGGGAUCAAAAUGAUCUCCAGAGCCCCCUUACACCCUUGCCUACAUCCUUCCCCCAGAACCCGCUUCCUGCUCCCACCUCCAGGGAAAUUCUUGGACCCCACGGUGGAGGCAGCUUUUGCGAAGAAUGUUGAUUCUGAAGCAGCUCUAGGCCAGGGUCUUUGUGUAGACCUGUGCUCACCCUGCACCUGAGCCGGCUUUGAGGCUCUGGGACCUGGAACCUCUCUUCCUAUAGUCCCACUGACAGCAUGGAGGCAAAGGAUCAGUACUUAGGUCUGGCUUUACCAUGACCUCAUUACAGCCUUGGACAAGCACUGACCUUCUCUGGCCUCAGUGACUUCCUUGUGAAAUGGGGUUACAACGGUACCUGUGGCCAGAGGUGCCAUGAGGAUUGAGUGUGAUGUGUUGAGUGUCAUUUCUGAACAUCACCAAGUGCUGCCUAACAGCUUGUUAUUACGAACGACAGCCCAAGCAGACAAGCUUGGGGAGGUUGAGCAAGUGCCAGAGGUAGGAGGCUUGGGGUAAGGGGCUGCCCAGAGGGGGAAAAUGUAAAAGCAGGCAAGUGCAGGCACUGAGCAGGCUGAAUUUGCAUGCAGUAGAUUGGCCCAGAGCUUGCCUCUCUGGUGCUUUCUCCACCCUGGACUUAACCCUCCCCAAGAUGAAGGACAUUUGGAAAAGCUUCUUUUUUAAUCACUAAGAAUCCGAAGGAACUCUCCCAACCAGGCCUCCUAGGAGCUCCCCUGUCCUCCAUCAAAUGUGGCCUGAGGUCACCCAGCCAAACUGAGGCCUUGACUCAGCUCUUUGUAGCCUUGUCCGUGGCCUUGGAGUCGGGGGUGCAGGCUGGGGGUGGCAAGAGGUCACUCCACUUCGUCCUACUGAGCACACAAGAACCAGAUAAGCCUCCUGGGGUAGGACAUUGGGUUCUGUCACCUGAUGGGGGCCAUGAAAGAGGAGUUUUAGAAUUAUUCUCCCUGCUCUGUGUCCACAUCGUUUGUCCCUGCCUGUAACGUUUCAGCCUGGGGGACUUUCCAUUUCCCUGAGGAAGGUGGGGCCGCCUGUUUACCACCUGCCUCCAAGGAGAUGGUGGAGGGAGAGCGGGCCUCUCGUAGGCAGGCGGCUGGCGGGGACGCGCUGGCUGAAACAGCGGUGCUCUUCACUGGAAGACAUACUUCUUCCACAAGGUGACAAACCUAUUUGGAGAGAGGACCAGACAAGGAGAGGAAAACACACUGUUUCCCAAGCUGGGUGGGUGGGAGUCGGACAGAGGUUCUCCUUGACCUUGGCUCUUGACACUGCCAGAGGGGGAGAACAUGUGCUACCGGGGCUGGACUAGGCAGCUGCCAUUUCCAAGGCAUAUCACUGCCCAGGGCUGGGCGCUAGAGGCAGUGGGCAUGCCAGAACCAGCCAAGGGCUGCCUGGAUCCUGCAUCUUGCACAGGGCUCAGCACAGAAGGAGAAAGGAAGGCAGAGAAUAGGGUGUGACAGUCUCCACAGUGGUCAUGAGGGCUCCUUGCCUACUGUCCUUGUCACACAAGACAAGGCCCAGAGAAGGAUGCUGACAGACACUCACUCUGCAGAACUGAGGCUACCGGGCUCAUCCUACUUACAGAAAGGGAAUCUCUCCUGGAACCCCGUUGUUUGCAUUGUAAGUGUUGUCUCCUCAGCAUAUGACAGCCUCCACAGGGACCCUCUUCACCUUGCUGAUAUCCAAGCCAUGUGAAAUUCACAAAAAUUCCCAACGUGAUGUUGACAAAGGGAAGGCACUUGCUGCAUUUCCUUCUGGGGCCUCUCCCCAAAAACAUCUUUUGUUGGCCCUCACCCCAAAGUUGACCCCUUUAUCUAGGCUAUGAAAGAAACCAUCUGGACACAUGUGGACAUCAGAGUAGCUAACAGGUCUUGAGUUACUCACUCAAGGUACCAGACGCCAUUCUGUGGCCUUUGUGGGUAUGAACUGAUUUAAUUCUCAAAACCUUGUGAAAUAGGUAGUGAUCAUAUCCCGUUUCACAGAUGAGAAAACAGAGAGGCGCAGAGAGCACCCAUAACUUGGUAAAGAGCAUAUGGCUUAUUGGUGGCAGAGUUGGGAUUUAAAACAAGGCACGUGUGUCUCAAGGUCAUGCCCGUAACUUCUGUGCCCUGCUGAAUCAUGUAACUGGGCACCACCAUGUCCCCAUGCCUUGGGGGGACAGAAGUUCAUUUCAUUCAGGCAGGCAAGUUGGGGCAGUCCUCAGGGAGAUGGCAAUCCACACUCGACUGGGCAGACCCCAAUGCUGUGAGCCCCACAGCAAGGCCCCAGGUCUCUGGCCAUCCUGUUCUGCUCUCUCUUGCAGGUGUCCACUUCACAGGGUUCCUGAUCGUGCCCUUGGACAGCCACCCCUUCUCAGUCUCUGGUCUGGCCAGACUCCGCAAACCUGCUUCCGCAAUGGGUGGGUUGUGAGUGCUGGUAACGAGGAGCUGUGGGCCCAGCCAGCCUUGGAGAUGCCGAAAAGACGGGACAUCCUUGCGAUUGUCCUCAUCGUACUGCCCUGGACACUACUUGUCACCGUGUGGCACCAGAGCACCAUCGCGCCUCUGCUCACCACGCACAAGGAUGACGGCAGUGACCCCCGGCGCGACGCGCCCCCGGGUGCUGACCCCCGGGAAUACUGCAUGUCGGACCGUGACAUCGUGGAGGUAGUGCGCACGGAGUACGUGUAUACACGGCCCCCGCCGUGGUCGGACACACUGCCCACCAUCCACGUGGUGACGCCCACCUACAGCCGCCCGGUGCAGAAGGCUGAGCUGACGCGCAUGGCCAACACGCUGCUGCACGUGCCCAACCUGCACUGGCUGGUGGUGGAGGACGCGCCGCGCCGGACCCCGCUAACCGCACGCCUGCUGCGCGACACCGGCCUCAACUACACGCAUCUGCACGUGGAGACGCCCCGCAACUAUAAGCUGCGCGGCGACGCCCGCGACCCGCGCAUCCCUCGGGGUACCAUGCAGCGCAACCUGGCCCUGCGCUGGCUGCGUGAGACUUUCCCGCGCAACUCCAGCCAGCCGGGCGUGGUGUACUUCGCCGACGACGACAACACCUACAGUCUGGAGCUCUUUGAGGAGAUGCGCAGCACCAGGAGGGUGUCUGUGUGGCCCGUUGCCUUCGUUGGUGGCCUUCGGUACGAGGCCCCACGGGUCAACGGGGCAGGGAAGGUGGUCGGCUGGAAGACAGUGUUCGACCCACACCGACCAUUUGCAAUAGACAUGGCUGGAUUUGCCGUCAACCUGAGGCUCAUUCUACAGCGUAGCCAGGCCUACUUCAAGCUGCGUGGUGUGAAAGGAGGCUACCAGGAAAGCAGCCUCCUCCGAGAACUUGUUACCCUCAAUGACCUGGAGCCCAAGGCAGCCAACUGCACCAAGAUCCUGGUCUGGCACACACGGACAGAGAAGCCAGUGCUGGUGAAUGAGGGGAAAAAAGGCUUCACUGACCCUGCUGUGGAGAUCUGAGCCCCAGGAUACAGGAGCCUCCUUCUCAGAUCCUGUGCCUGGCCUUCCAUCUUCUCCCCAUGACUGAUGGUCCCUCCGAGGCAAACUCCUAAGGAAUCACCAUCAUUCUACUUUCUAUUCUGGGAGCUUCAGAGAGAGCCCAGCUUGAUGCCAGGACAAAGGACGGAGAACCUAAAGCACAGAAAUCCCAGACCUGUUGUUCUCUUCCAUCUAGCAUGACCAGGGGCCCAGCUGCUAGCCAAGCCAUGCCAGCCAGCGAACCAGUGCCCCAGCAUGCCUCCCCAGAGCUUCCUGCACUGACAGGGCCUGCGGGAGCAGACACAAUGGGCACUGAAGCCCUGGAGUGAGGCCAGGCUGGGAGAGAGGUGAAAAGACCCUGGCUGUCAAGUGCAGUGUGGCCUUCCCUGGCUCCCUGCUCCUGGGGCCCAGCAUGACCGCACAGGCCAUCCGGCCAGGGAAUUCUGAAGACUGGAGAGCAGCCCCCUGCCCAGGCAUCAGGAACACCCCCUCCCCUCCUCAGAGAGCUGCUCUCAAGUAGACAUACCUCUCUGGCUUUCCUCUGGUUCUCAUUUCCAGAGCAUAAGUCUGUCUUUGAUCCCAACUGAUGACCACCCUGCAUGAGGGGAACCUGAGCCUGCCAUCAGGCUCCCCCAUACCUCAGGCUGUGGUAGGAGUGGAGCCCCUUACUCUGGCCCCACAUCCCCAAGCCUGCUCCUUCCAGUACAGAGAAGGAGGUGGGCCCUUGAGCCAGCACAGGUCAUGGACUGACCUGGACUAAGACCAUGCAGGUUUCUGUCUAGACACUGCCUCCCCACUGUCCACUGGGCUCCAGGGCCCCUCGCCUGGGCUGGGACUGGGGAGGUUAGGAGCCCUCUUUCUGGAGCUCUUGAGAACCACAGACCUCAGGGGCUAACGUGAGCCAGGGGUGGACAAGGUGGAAAGAAGAGGGAGGUAGGGGCAGGUAGGGGCAGCUCCUCUGGUUGGGAGGGGUGGGAGGGAGGGGUAAGGGCCUUGGGUUAACAGAAGGAUUUGUGGAAAAGGGGCAGAGAUCAUCUGGACCCUGAGGGGAAAGGAAACCUGAGCACACACUACUUUGGAAAAUCAUUCUAUUUUAAACACAUAAUGGGAAUGAAAACCUCCCUUGUCCCUAAGUUGAGAGCAUGAGGAAUAAGCCUGCUGCUUGUCCUCCUCUCUCCCCAGUUACCCACCCCCAAGAGAAAGAACAGUGUGCAUGUGUUGCCCCCUGUACCAGGAGAGGCCCCUGACAGGGACAGGCCUCUUCUGAUUCUCUCACUCAUGCUCCUGAAAGUUGGAAGCACAAUUUUCCUCCCAAGUGGAGGAAAGGGAAAGGCCUGAGCCUACUGAAGAGGUGUUUAUUUUUUAACGCUAACAGCCCCCCCCCCCCCCGUUUAAACUCACAGGACCAGUCUGAGGACUGCUGAGAACCCACUCCUGGGUGGGUGGGUAGGAGUCAGUCCAGCAACCUAACAUUCAAAAAAUAGCCUUGGCUGCCGAUUUUGAAAUGGAUUUAACUUCCCACAGCAUUCGUGAAACCAUCCAGUGGGAUCCUGUCUGUGAGAACCCUGAGACACCUUGUGAGACGUUCCCCCAGACUCUUACACUUUCGAUGGCGGCUCUGGAAUCAACCCCUCGGAGCCAAGUGGGGUGGUGCGGGAGGGAAGGGAGGAGAUGUGCACAGGGCACCCACCAAACGGGUGAAUUUAUGCCCAGGCACGGCACUGCCUCACUCACCAAAACCAGCCCUGAAUGCUCAGGUCAGCCUGGCUGGUCUUAGGCCACCUUCUUAGCCAAAAACCCAGGGCUCAUUUUUCAGGAAAUUGAUAAUGAACAACAAAAUGGGAUAUCCUCUCUCGGUUUUUGUUUUUGUUUUUUUGGCAGAUGCUAUUUCUGUUGUUUCCACCUAAUAGCCUCUCUCUUAGCUGCAUGUGUAUUUAUUUAUAAUUAUAAUCCUGGUGGACUGCAGCUUUCAUCUUUGUUGGGAAUGAGUUUUUUCCAAAUCAGAGCUGGGUCCAUUACAACAAUUUGUUUCCCAGACCCAGUCUGUUCCUGCUCCCCACCACAAAGGAGUGAGGCUGGGGGCUCAGAGCCCCGAGAACAGAGCCUAUGGGGGAGGGCAGAGCCCAUGCAGCUGCACCAUCUGGUCUGUUUUAAUUUAACUGUAUUUAAUUUGUUUCCAAAAUUAAAAGUCAAACAUGGUUUUUAACAGCCCUAA